GUCUGUCGCAAUUUGUUUUACAUUUACAGUUUCAUUUCGUUUUUGAUGAAAGUCAUAAUACACUUUCCAGAAUCCUGAUUAGCUAGUCAGUUUAUUUGAUAAUAUAUAUAGUUUGUUUGAAAAGUAUAGUGUACAAAAAUGUUACGAUAUGUGCUACCUUUGUUAAUCAUAAACUCAUAUUUUGGAAGCUUGGGUGCACCACCCAAUAACUUGGCUACUUUACUAACCGCUCUUGCAAAACGUUGUCAAAAUAGUUUCGUGGUAACACACAUUGAAAAUCAAAUUGAAGAAUGCAAUGAGUUGAAUCCUAGUAUGAAAAGGAAAUUCGAAUGUUUGAUAUUCUAUGAUAUAAACAAUCAGUUGUGUACAGCGGUCUCUCAGUUGAAACUAAACAUUACUGAAGAUUAUACGGAAAAAAUAAAUAAAAAGCAUGAUGUCAAAAGUCUUUGCGAGGCAGCUAGUGGCUGGACUUUCUCAAAUUUAUCUGAAAAGUACUUGGCAGAUGUAAAACUGGUUUUUCAAAAUUCCUUCAAAUGUGCAUCUUUAUGUGAAGUUGAAGAUUUUAACAGUGAUGACUCAAUUUUCUAUUGUAAAUAUUACAAUUGGGGAUGGGAAAUGUUGAAUCCUCAGCCAAAGUCUACACCACAAGUAAGCAGUGUGGUUAUACCAGUUGUGAGUGAUACCUCAGCAACUGGUGUCAAAACGGAUGAAACACAAGUUAACAAUAGUGAUGAAAAAGAUAAAGAUAUUGUUCCUAAUUUGAAGCAGAGUGAUAUAAAAACUGAAUUAACCUCAGUGAAAACUAGUUCCAUAAAAACAAAUGAUGUAAAUGCUGAUUCUAUUGGUCCAAUUUCCACUCUUAACAAAGAGACACCUGAGGUUAUAUCUAACGCACCUGAAAAAGUUAGCGAAAUAAACAAUGUACAGCCUAUUAGCAACAUUAAGAAAGUAGAUGCAAAUGCAAAAGGUUCUGAUGAAAAUGUUAUCAGUCCUAAUGAAAAUGUUAAAAGUCCUGAUGAAAAUGUGAAAGUUUCAAGCGAAAAUGUGAAGGGUUCAGCUGAAAAUGUGAAACCUACCAGUGAAAAUGUGAAAAGUACCAGUGAAAAUAUAAAAAAUCCUGGUGAAAAUAUCAAAAGUACUGGUGUAGAUCUGCCUGUAAACAUACCAAUAAGUGUAUCUGGUGAUCAGCUUAAUAAUGUAGUGAUACCUCAGCCUGAUGUGAAGAAAGAGGAAGGUGCGAACAACUUGCUAAAUCAAAUUGAAAUUCCUAAGGAUAUAAAACAAAGUGAUGCUGAUGAUUAUCAGGGCAAUGAGUUAGAUUCUGAAGAAGGCAAAGAAGGUCUUUCAGAUACUCUAGGCAAUGACGAUGGAGAUGAUCCUGAUUUGUCAGAUUUGGAUGUUAAACCUGUUCUGGAUGAAAGCAAGAAUAUACCUAAAAGAAUACAAUCUUCAAUUCAAUCAAAUUCUUUUAAUGCUGAUAUUUCUCAAAGAGAAUUUUAUCCCAACACAAUCCAGGAGGACUUCACUGAGGAUGACGAUCAUUUCUUUCCAUUCUUCUUGACCGCUAUUAUUCUAGUAGUUUUGCUGUAUGUUUUAUAUCACAACAAGAAUAAAGUAAGCAAAGUGGUCCUUGGUUUAAUAGUAGAAGGAAGGCAACCUGGUCGCCGCCGUAACAGCCGUGGACAUGCGUAUCGACGUCUGGAUACAUUAGAACAAGCGAUGAGUGGUAAUUUAGCUGCGCCACCCAGCAAGAUUAUUUACUGAGAAUUUUGAAAGUACACAUAUAAUUUUCGAGGAGUAUUGAUGACUUGAUGGCGAAAAUAUAUUUGCUCGCCGGUGCCAUCCACUUUAAUAUAUACCCUUUUAAAGGUAAAUUUGUAUUAAUGUACAUCACGAAUUUCUGUAAUGAUUCGACGGCCUCGGUGGUCUAGCCUUCAGCAUACCGCUUUACUUCCGAUGACCGCAGGUUCGAUUCUACGCACGGUGCAAACGUUUGUAUUCAUAAGUAUGUUAUUAUAAUUUAUAAUUGUUUAUAUCGAUCUGGGUGUUUUAUGUAUGUAAUUACAAAAAGCAAUAUCUAAGUAUUUAUAUCAGUUGUCUAAUACUCCUAACACAAGCUCUGCUUAUCGUAGGACUAGAUGGCGCUGUGUUAAUUAUCCAGGGUUAUUUAUUUAUUACAAUUGUUAUUGGCAUUUUGGAGAUGUACAUAACAAUACUUUCUUACUACUUAUCGUCAAUACUCCAUGAUAUAGUGACAAUUGCUUUUGUCACAAAUGUUGAAAAGUUAUGUUGUAAUUUAAUACAUUAAAAAUUGUAUGUUAUCUAGUCUUGUUCAUAUUUCAGGUAAAGCUACUUAUUAAUAAUUAUGGUCCAAUUCUAAACUAUGCCUUUUACAUUUAUAUGAACUUAUUAUAAAUCUAUAAAGGUCUAUGUUUUUUCUAACAGUUCUUUUGAUUGAAUCAGGCUGAUUUCAACAAUAUCAAUUUGUUUAACAUAUAGCGUCUCGUCUAGGUAAAUUAUUAUAUAUAUUUUUUAUUACUUGUGUAAUAAGUUCUUUUAGUGGGAUUGUUAUAUGAAGCCAAUCUGGAAUUUUCUAAAAAAGUUUUGUUAUCGCAAAUAAUAUUUAAAUUAACUUGGCAUUCUAUACAACAAAUUAUUAUUAGAGAUUGAUAUAAUAAUAUACCCAAGAAGCAUAGUAAUGAGCCAGAAAGCUAAUGUAGACAUAGAACUUAUAUAAUUAAGUACUGCACAGAUUUUUGUACCAGCCAGAAUCUGCUGUGCCGAUUUUGUAAGAAACUUGCCCGAUUUUGUAAGAGAGUAGUAGUUAUAAGUUCCAUAUAGAUGACAUGUUUAUAAUUAUGUUUGAAUAUUCCGAUAUUUUUAACUCAUUUCAAUACUUAAACGCUGAACUGAUUUAAAUGAUUUUUAUCAUACAGAUUCUAGACCUAGUCUAUUCAAGACCUAUCUUACAAU